AUGCUCUACAUCACCAUCGUCGCCCUGGCGCUGGCCUCGGCCGCGACUCGCUUCUGCGUGGACCCUGAGGAGCGAAUCUGCGCCGAACGGCCCGCCAAAAAAGACGAGUGCGAUGAUGCACUGGAUGAAGCUUCCCUCAUCCCCGCGAUGGCCUCGUUGACAUCGUCGAGCCCUUCGGCCGCAGCAUCCAGCAGCCACGACCUCCACAGCUGCGAGCCCUGCACCGUGGCGACGGACGGCGCCACUUGCCUACCGCACAAGUGCUGGGGUUUUAGAGGCCAUGUGCUCUGCCACGAGGACCCUGCCGGACUCUACAUGUGCUUGGACCCAGAGUACAAGUCCCUCUCGGACGUGGACUCGACGACCGCACCAUCUGACGACCACCCUCACCCUAUCGACCUCCCCCACCCCCCCCGAGGGGUGUGUGCAGUGCACUGA